AUGCCUCCCCGUAAAAGGCCUCAGGCUGUUGCUGCCAGCGCUCGAGCAAAGGCAUCAGAGUCUGCCGCCAAAGCAGCCGCUGCCGAAGCAGAAAAGCAAAAAGCCGCCUCCCUGUCCAACCCGCCGCCUGCGCCGGAAAAGUCCGCGGAGGAGAAUGCUCAGUCGCAAAAUCAGCAGGGAGAAGAUUCGCAUACGUCCUACCGCCAUCGGGAUCCAUUCGACGCUCUCCUCGAACCUUUCUACUACAAUAAAUCUCUCACGGAUCCCAUCAAUACCGCCAAGGAUAAAUGGAACCUGUUGCCCGCAUUCCUGAAGGUCAAAGGGCUGGUGAAGCAACAUAUUGACUCAUACAACUACCUCGUCGAAGUGCAGCUGAAAAAGAUCGUGGAGUCCAGCUCAACUAUCCGCAGUGAUGUGGACCACAAUUUCUACAUCAAGUUUACCGACAUUUACCUUGGGGCGCCGCGACGUGCCGACGAGCCGCAGGAUGUUGGGGUUGCCUUUGAUGGAUCGUCGGUGUCUCCCCAAGAGUGCCGACUUCGAGACACAACGUACGCGGCACCCAUUCAAGUCGAUUUCGAGUAUCUCCGUGGUCGCCAAAGGGUGAAGAAAAUUGGUGUCUGCAUUGGAAGAAUGCCGGUCAUGCUUCGCAGUUCUAAAUGUGUUCUGUCUAACAAGUCGCCGGCGGAGAUGACCGUGCUCAACGAAUGUCCCCUGGAUCCCGGUGGUUACUUCAUCGUCAACGGAACGGAAAAGGUCAUUCUUGUUCAAGAACAGUUGAGCAAAAACAGAAUUAUCGUCGAAACAGACCCCAAGAAGGAAAUUGUUCAAGCAUCUGUUACCAGUUCUUCCAACGAGCGCAAGUCGAAAAGUUAUAUCAUUCUCAAGAAAGACAAGCUUUAUGUGAAGCACAACGUUCUAAACGAAGACAUUCCCAUCGUUAUUCUACUGAAGGCCAUGGGAAUUCACACCGAUAAAGAGAUGAUGCUUCUCGUCGCUGGAAUUGACAAGGUGUACCAAGAGGACUUUGCGAUUAACUUCGAGGAGGCCAUCAAGCUUGGUAUUUACACACAGCAGCAGGCUUUGGACUGGAUCGGUGCCCGUAUCAAAAUCAACCGCAAGCAAAUGUCAUACCGUCGAACUCACGUGCAGGAAGCCGUAGAGGCCAUUGCAUCCGUGAUCAUCUCGCACAUCGAGGUCAAUGAUAUGGACUUCCGGCCCAAGGCCAUCUAUGUUGCGCACAUGGCUCGCCGUGUACUCAUGGCUAAGAACGACUCUUCGCUUGUGGAUGACCGCGACUACCUUGGAAACAAACGGCUGGAAUUAGCUGGUCAGCUGUUGGCGUUGCUUUUCGAAGAUUUGUUCAAGAAGUUCUGCUUUGACAUCAAGAUGAACGUUGAUAAGGUCUUGAACAAGCGUAAUCGGGCUGAAGCAUUUGACGCCUGGAGUGUUAUGAGCAUGCACAGCAAUCAUAUCACUCAGGGUAUGAAUCGCGCUAUCUCCACUGGUAACUGGAGCUUGAAGCGUUUCCGUAUGGAAAGGGCUGGUGUCACCCACGUGCUCAGUCGACUGAGUUAUAUCGCCGCACUGGGUAUGAUGACCCGUAUCAGCAGUCAGUUCGAAAAGACCCGCAAGGUCAGUGGACCCAGAGCUUUACAGCCAUCGCAAUUCGGUAUGCUUUGUCCAGCAGAUACUCCAGAAGGUGAAGCCUGCGGUCUUGUUAAGAACCUUGCGCUUAUGACACACAUCACCACAAACGACGAGGAGGGCCCCGUCAAGAACUUGGUUUUCAUGCUGGGAGCCGAAGAUAUCGCAACGGUGGGUGGAAAGGAGCUGUAUGGGCCUGGAUGCUAUACGAUUUCGAUCAACGGAACGCCGAUGGCACUCACUCGCCGCCCGAAAUUCUUCCUGAACUCCUUCCGAAGACUGCGCCGGAUGGGCCGGAUCUCCGAGUUCGUCAGUAUCUACAUCAACCACCACCAGCGGGCCGUCCACGUUGCCACCGAUGACGGGCGAAUUUGCAGACCUUUGAUUGUUGUCGAGAAUGGGAAGUCUCGCGUGAAUGCAGAGCACUUGAGCAAGUUGCGCGAGGGUACAAUGGAAUUUGACGACUUCCUUGCUCAAGGAUUGGUAGAAUAUCUUGAUGUCAACGAGGAGAACGACUCACUUAUCUCCAUUUACGAGAAAGACAUCAGCGAGACAACCACACAUUUGGAGAUCGAGCCGUUCACUGUUCUUGGUGCUGUGGCCGGUCUAAUUCCGUAUCCACAUCACAACCAGUCGCCUCGAAACACUUACCAAUGUGCCAUGGGUAAACAAGCUAUUGGCGCAAUUGCAUCGAACCAGUUCCUCCGUAUUGAUUCCAUCCUUUACCUUAUGGUGUACCCUCAGAAACCGAUGGUCAAAUCCCGCACGAUCGAAUUGACAAAGUACGACCAUCUCCCCGCUGGACAAAACGCCAUUGUCGCGGUCAUGAGUUACUCCGGAUACGAUAUUGAGGAUGCGCUGGUAUUGAACAAGGGCUCUGUUGACCGUGGAUUUGGACGUUGCCAGGUGUUUAAGAAGCAGGUUACCAACCUGAAGAGUUACUCCAAUGGCACGAAAGAUCGAUUGAGCCCGCCCCAGUAUGAAAAUGACGCUCCUAUCCGAAAGCAUGCUCUCCUUGAAGGGGAUGGUCUGGCUUCGGUUGGUGAACAAGUCAACGCAGGCGAGGUCUACAUCAACAAGGCUACUCCUGAUCAAUCGCACGGCUCCGGAAUCACCGGCUCUGACGUUGGUCGACCGGUCCAAUACAUGCCAACUCCCAUGACCUAUAAGCUCCCUGACCCGGCGUACAUUGAUCAGGUCAUGGUCUCCGUCACCGAAAACGAGAACCAGCUUGUCAAGGUGCUCACCCGUCAAACGCGUCGGCCCGAAGUCGGUGACAAGUUCUCAUCCCGUCACGGACAGAAGGGUGUCGUGGGUAUCAUCGCGGAUCAGGCCGACAUGCCCUUCACCGACCAAGGAAUCAACCCUGACAUUAUCAUGAACCCCCACGGUUUCCCCUCUCGAAUGACAGUCGGAAAAAUGCUUGAGCUGGUCGCCGGUAAGGCCGGCGUCCUUUCGGGUCAGCACGGCUACGGCACCUGCUUCGGUGGCAGUCCCGUCCAGGAGAUGUCGCAGAUCCUCAUCGACAAGGGAUUCAGCUACGGUGGCAAGGACUACCUCACGUCCGGUAUCACCGGUGAAGCUCUCCCCUUCUACGUCUUCACCGGUCCCAUCUACUACCAGAAGUUGAAACACAUGGUUCAGGAUAAGAUGCACUCCCGUGCGCGAGGCCCUCGCGCCAUUCUCACCCGCCAACCCACGGAAGGUCGUUCUCGAGACGGUGGUCUACGUCUCGGUGAGAUGGAACGUGACUGUCUGAUCGCGUACGGAACGAGUCAGCUGUUGCUCGAGCGACUGAUGAUUUCGUCUGACCGUCACGAAAUCGACGUCUGCGAGCAGUGCGGCUUCAUGGGCUACCUGAACUGGUGUCAGCGGUGCAAGUCUUCUCGCAGCGUGGUCAAGAUGGUUAUUCCGUACGCGGCUAAGCUGCUAAUUCAGGAAUUGAUGAGUAUGAACGUUACGGCUCGGUUGAAGCUUGAGGACGAGUUUCCCGAGAUGAAGGGACGGUAA